CGGCUACUAAUUGGCUGUGGCUCGGACAGGCGGCUCUGCCGGCAGCGGUUACCCAGGGUUUCCGGUGCGAGGCCAGCGCUGGGGACGCGGUCGCACGUCGCCCGUGAGGCUGCGGAGAAUUCUGUGGAACAUAGCAACUGUGUUUCUCAAGGAUCCGCUCCCGACCUGAGGUGGCAGCGCACAAUGAAGAAUCAAGACAAAAAGAACGGGGCUGCCAAACAGCCCAACCCCAAAAGCAGCCCGGGACAGCCGGAAGCAGGAGCGGAGGGAGCCCAGGGGCGGCCCGGCCGGCCGGCCCCCGCCCGAGAAGCCGAAGGUGCCAGCAGCCAGGCUCCCGGGAGGCCGGAGGGGGCUCAAGCCAAAACUGCUCAGCCUGGGGCGCUCUGUGAUGUCUCCGAGGAGCUGAGCCGCCAGUUGGAAGACAUACUCAGUACAUACUGUGUGGACAACAACCAGGGGGCCCCGGGUGAGGAUGGGGUCCAGGGUGAGCCCCCUGAACCUGAAGAUGCAGAGAAGUCUCGCGCCUAUGUGGCAAGGAAUGGGGAGCCGGAGCCGGGCACCCCAGUAGUCAAUGGCGAGAAGGAGACCUCCAAGGCAGAGCCGGGCACGGAAGAGAUCCGGACGAGCGAUGAGGUCGGAGACCGAGACCACCGGAGGCCACAGGAAAAGAAGAAGGCCAAGGGUCUGGGAAAGGAGAUCACGCUGCUGAUGCAGACCCUGAACACGCUGAGCACCCCAGAGGAGAAGCUGGCGGCUCUGUGCAAGAAGUAUGCCGAACUGCUCGAGGAGCACCGGAACUCCCAGAAGCAGAUGAAGCUCCUGCAGAAGAAGCAGAGCCAGCUGGUGCAGGAGAAGGACCACCUGCGGGGCGAGCACAGCAAGGCCAUCCUGGCCCGCAGCAAGCUCGAGAGCCUGUGCCGGGAGCUGCAGCGGCACAACCGCUCACUCAAGGAAGAAGGUGUGCAGCGAGCCCGAGAAGAGGAGGAGAAGCGCAAGGAGGUGACGUCACACUUCCAGAUGACACUCAACGACAUUCAGCUGCAGAUGGAGCAGCACAACGAGCGCAACUCCAAGCUGCGCCAAGAGAACAUGGAGCUGGCCGAGCGGCUCAAGAAGCUGAUUGAGCAGUACGAGCUGCGAGAAGAGCACAUCGACAAAGUCUUCAAACACAAGGAUCUGCAGCAGCAGCUGGUGGACGCCAAGCUCCAGCAGGCCCAGGAGAUGCUGAAGGAGGCGGAGGAGCGGCACCAGCGGGAGAAGGACUUUCUCCUGAAAGAGGCAGUGGAGUCCCAGAGGAUGUGCGAGCUGAUGAAGCAACAGGAGACCCACCUGAAGCAGCAGCUUGCCCUGUACACAGAGAAGUUUGAGGAGUUCCAGAACACUCUUUCCAAAAGCAGCGAGGUGUUCACCACAUUCAAACAGGAAAUGGAAAAGAUGACAAAGAAGAUCAAGAAGCUGGAAAGAGAGACCACCAUGUACCGUUCCCGGUGGGAGAGCAGCAACAAGGCCCUGCUGGAGAUGGCUGAGGAGAAAACACUCCGGGACAAAGAGCUAGAAGGCCUGCAGGUGAAAAUCCAGCGGCUGGAGAAGCUGUGCCGGGCACUGCAGACAGAGCGCAAUGACCUGAACAAGAGGGUGCAGGACCUGAGUGCUGGUGGCCAGGGCCCCGUCUUCGACAGUGGUGCUGAGCGGAGGCCAGAGCCCGCCACCACCUCCAAGGAGCAGGGUGUCGAGGGGCCCGGGGCUCAAGUACCCAACUCUCCAAAGGCCACAGACGCUUCCUGCUGCACAGGUGCACCCAGCACAGAAGCAUCAGGCCAGACAGGGCCCCAGGAGCCCACCUCUGCCACUGCCUAGAGAGCUUGGUGCUGGGGUGUGCCAGGAAGGGAGCAGGCAGCCCAGCCAGGCCUGGCCCAGCCCAGGCUCCCAUGCUAAACAGUCCGGUGCCGAGGCCAGGAUGUUCUGACCUGGCUGGCACCUGACCCUCUACAGUCUUGGAUUUUGUGGGUCAGUUUUACAUGCAUAUGGCACACAUGCAAGGCCUCACACAUUUGUGUCUGUAAGUCUACUGUGGGCUUGCAUCAAGGGUGACGAUGGACAGAUGAAGCCAGCGGCUCCCUUGCGAGCUGAAGUCUUACGGAGGAGGUGUCGUCUGCACUGCCAUCGCAGUGACCUGCAGGACAAGUUCCUUGAGCUUUCCCUGCCUGCUUUGAGGCUGAGACCCCUCCCGGCCCUUCAGAGCUCCUGACAAGUGAUACACACCCAGCCUUGACUGCACUUCUCUUGGGUAGCCGGGCUCUCCUAGCCUCCCCCGGAGGCUCCAUUGCUUCUCUUGACUUGGAGAGCAGAUGCCCAGGCGUAGCCUUGGCAGGCACUGGGAGCUAGUGAUUGAGCUGCUCUCCUGCCUCCGAGCAGGGGCAGGAGUGUUUCUGGUGGGAUGAUGCGCUCGCUGGUCGGGAGCCCCUUGGGCGCCGAUUCCCCCGCCCUCUGGUAGUGCCAGGAUCAGGCCAGUGAUGCUUCUCAGUAGCCUUACCAUUCACAGGUGCCUCUCCAGCCCGCACAGUGAGUGACAAGAUCAUCCAAAGGAUUCCUUCUGAAGGUGUUUGUUUCAUUUUGUUUUGUUGCACGUGACGGUUUGUAUUGAGGAUCCUCUGAGGAAGAAGGGUGCUGUAGCAGUGGUCCCUGCGUGCCUGGCCUCCAGUGUCCUGCCCUCCUCCCCCUCCCCAUGGCUCCUCGGCCAUGUUGGUGCUGAGGUUUCUGUUUGGUGAGAUCAGGUUGUCUGUUCAGAGAGAAGAGGCGUCUGAUGGCUUUGCCGCCAGCUUGCCUACGGGCCUCAAUCCCAGGAGGCCACCCAGUUCCCGUCACUGUUGUCCCCGUGCAGUGUGUUGCUGGUCCCCAGGACCAGCUGCUCAUUUGCUUUAUGGGUCAGUUUCUGCUUCCUGCCCCCUACUCCACCUAACUGCAAUCCUUGUGGUUUCCCUGGUUCUCAUCCCUGGUAGCUCUGUGCCCAAGAAAUAGCCUUCUUUGGGAUUCUUGUUCUGCCCAUGCGGGAGCCGCUGCUGUCUGACAGGUGAGGCCUGAGACUCAGCGGCUGACAGAGCUGCAGAACUCUGCACAGUGGCUCCCGGUGCAGCCUGCUGUGUGCUGCACGCCGCUGCUCUGCGGGCACUGGCCAGUCUGUGCAGAGCAUUUGAGUACUGGCUCAAGAGGGAGGGCUCUGCUGGCCUCGAGGGACAGCGCCAUGUCUCCAGCUGGGCUCAGGGAGCCCCAGACUGGCUGUGUAGGGUGCUUGGGGUUUGCUUCUUGCUGUAUUUCUUUGAAGCUAUUUCGUUGUCCUAUUCCUUCAUCUUCCACAGUCCACGCUCAGCCUUUAACUUGGAUCCCUCAAAUAACAGGGUUCAUGAGACCCAUGAGUACACCCAAGCUACGUGUGGCUGAGGCCGGCUGGCAGGUGAAUGGCACGCCAUUGCUGCUGCUGAUCCCUGGCAUAUCUUUAGUUCACCUUGAAAUGCUCCAGCCACAGUGCAAGCAGUGAGUCCAUGUGCCACCCUGGGCUGAAUCCCACCUCCUGUGAGUGUUGCCCAAGAUUGUGUCUCUUCUGAAUCCCUUCGUUGGGAAUGGCCUCUGCCGCCUCCUGCUCAGGGAGGCUUUCCCCUUCCCUCAGGCCCUGUGCCAGACUGAGUGAGGUACAAGAACCGCCAAGCCCAUGGAAGGUAUGGCUAGGCGCCAGGGUGCAGGAAGGAGGCAGGUAGCUGCCUGCACCCUUGAAAGCCAAGAGGCCUAUGGUGGCCUCCAUCCUGGCUUGCCUCACUUCAGCUACCUCGAAUAGCCCAGGGGUGGGGCUAUUGGAUUCCAGGGUGGUGGGGUGGGAAGCUACAGGGGGCAGGUGGCUCUCACUGGGCUUCCCAGCUCAGGAAUGUAGGCCUCAGGUAGGGGAGAGCCUUUGCUUCACUCCAUCCAUUUGCAGGCAUCCAGGCCAGUCUAGAUGGCGACCCCUCUCUCUUCCUCUCCAUUGACCAAAUCAUACCUGUCUCUAUACAGCUGCUCUGCUUGCUCUGCUUUCCAAAGUCAGCCCAGGUACCCAGGUGCCGCCCACAUUGGCCUGGAGCCUGGACCAGAGGCAAGGGAGGUGGCCUAUCCUUGAGUGAUAGGCAGUGCCUUCCUCACCCGGUGGCUUCCAUGCCUGUGACCUCAGUUUUAGGACCAAGAGCUGUGUUGGUUUCUUACGUUGUUAGCUUUUCCUCCAGGGGACCAGAGCAGGUGAGGCUCAGAGCCCAGAGCCCUUGGCGCCGCCGCAGUAACUUGUGUCCGGACCUCGUCCAGCUGAGCGCUUCGUGUAUGACUCAGCUUCGUGUGUGAGUCCUGCGGAGUGCGUCACGUACACUAGACUCAGCGGUGUCAGCCGCACUUUGAUUUGUUGUUUGUUUUCCAUGAGGUUUUUGGACCAUGGGCUUAGCUCAGGCACUUUCUGUAAGAGAAUGUUACUUCUGUAAAGAUGCUUAUUUAACCUACGCCUGCCUCCCCGCACUCCCAACCAGGUGGCCACCAAGAGCUCACCAAGAGGCCAAUAGAGCUGCUCCAGCUCUCCCAUCUUGCACCGCACAAAGGUGGCCGCCCCAGGGACAGCCAGGCAGCUGCCUGGGGGAGGGGGCUUCUCUUCCUUAUGGCCUGGCCAUCUAGAUUGUUUGAAGUUGUGCUGACAGCUUUUUUUGUUUUUUUGUUUUUUUUUUUUUUUUUUUUUUUUUUGUCUACUUUUGGUAUUCACAACAGCCAGGGACUUGAUUUUGAUGUAUUUUAAGCCACACUAAAUAAAGAGUCUGUUGCCUUA